AUGAUGCAAGUUCGAGUACAUGUUUGUUUGCAGCAUCGAAGCUACCCGCAGUUCUUCUUCGUCAUUCCAUUUUGGCUCGUCAAGAGCCAGAGGGCAAGUAUCGCAGCUGCCGAGCCUUGCAACGCCGACGAUGCCGCUGCCCGAGCGUGUGGAGAGGAGGUCGACGAGGAGACGUACGGUGCUACUCCUUGGCUGAGGAAGUCGAAGGGGUGGAUGAAGCGCAAGCGGGGCUGCCAAGCAGAUGAAGAGGAUGGGAAGGUGGCCGUGGACGCGGACGUGGAGGAGGAGGAGGAGGAGAAGGAAGAUGAGGCACAGGAAGAGCAACCGCGGGAGCGGGGCGACGGUGCCAACAGCACGCCAGCUGCACACGCGACGCCAGACGAGGGCACCGCCGGUGCGGGCGGCGGCGCGGACGGCGGCGACGGCUGGUUCGUCUUCGAGCUCGGCGAGCACACGCUGCACGUGCACCCGGCGAGCGGGCGCGUCUGCGCGAUGGAGCCCGAGGGCGCGGUGGUGGGGGAGUUCGACCCCGAGGCGGGCGAGAUCGCCCUCUUCGCGGAGGAUGCCGAGGCGGUCGUACGCCCGCCGCGGGCUGCUGCGCGUGGGCGGCGGCGAGGCUGCCGACACCUCCAGCUGGCUGAGGGAGGGGCUGCUCGCCGGAGUUCAGGUGGAGCUGGAGAUCCUGCUGGCGGCGGGUGCUCUUGCGGCCAGGCACGGGCAGCCCGCGCACGUGAGGAGCGACCGCGUGGCCUACCUGCAGCUCGAGGGCGGCGACGGUGA